GAAGCGCGGAAUGAUCGUCAUCACCUUCCUAAUGUUCAUCGCUGCCUUGCUCGGAGGCAUAACUCUGGCGGUCAAGUCGCCGGAAUGCCUUAUCCUUUCCCGGGUCCUCGUGGGCUUACACUCAGGUCUUAACAUCACCCUGUGUCCGUUGUACCUGACGGAGAUAUCCCCCAAGAAGAUCCGUGGAGCGGUAGGCACCUGCCAUCAAUUGGCCAUCACUAUUGGCAUCAUGGUCUCACAGAUUUUGGGAAUGGUCGAAAUACUCGGCACCGCAACCCUGUGGCCAUACCUUUUUGCCUUCAACGCCGUCCCUGCGUUGUUGUGCUUGGUUUGCAUGCCCAUGUGUCCUGAGAGCCCGAGGUUCUUACUCAUCAAGAAGGGAGAGGAGGCUGAGGCCAGAAAAGGAAUACAAGACAAGCUUUGCCAUCGUGUGUAUCAUUGUCAUGCAUACGUACAUCAUCGGCUUUGCUCUGGGAAUGGGUCCGAUCCCUUUCAUCGUGGUUGGUGAGAUCUUCCGUCAAGAGCCCCGUGCUGCCGCCAUGAGUAUCUCUCUGGCCUUUAACUGGGUCUGCAACUUUAUCCUCAUGUUGACCUUCCCAUUCUUACAGGAAGGUCUAGAAGAAUUUGUCUACAUCCUGUUCAUGGUGGUCCUGGUGAUUGCCAUCGUCUUCAUCUUUUUCUUCGUGCCGGAGACCAAGAACAAAACCUUUGACGAGAUCGCCAACUCCAUCUCGUUGGGUGGCCGUGCCCGUGGUCAAGGCCGGGCCUACGGGGUCAACAGCGACGAGCUGGCCCCCAUGGACACGAGCAAAGUAUGAUGUGGGUCAAGGUCACACCAGGCACUCUAGGAGAUUUGGUCUGCGUGGACAAAUGUGUAGGGCUCAUGUCAAUCUAUUCUCUCUCGAUGGUCGCCCCUGGGUGAUGCAGAGAGACGCCAUUCUAGGGUGUUGAACCUUUAUAGAUUCCUUGGGGGAAGUGAGAGAAGUAGGAGGAAGGAGGAGGGGGGGGGGGUUGUGUCUCACUGGCUAUUUUUUGUGUGUUCUUGUGCCCAUUUUCUGUGCGUCCUUGUGCCUGCUUUCUCCAUGUAUUUGCGCCUGUCUGCACUGGUAGAUUAUAAGCCCUCGUUUCAUCUGUCAUUAAGUGGGAUCUGCAGUUUUUGAUCUGAGCAGAAAACAUUUCAUGUCUACGGAGGGGAGUGGCAGCACUCCAACAGGCCGAGAGAUUUUUGUAAUGCUUAGUUUGUAUCGAAUAUUGAAUUUAAAAAAAAAAAAAAAAAACCCAACCCAAAAAACAAUUCAUAAAAAUAAUAAAACUCAACCCCCUUAAAAAAAAAAAAAAUCUAGGAAAGUUUGCGUUAACGGAGAGGCUGUAGUGAUGUGGCAAGGUGUUGCAAAUGUUGAUGAGGGUAUGUGUGUACUUUAAGCUGUCCCAGCCUCUGUUUACCUGUGUGCAUACAUGAAUGUGUGUGUGGGUGUGUGUGUGUGUGUGUUUAGGGACUUUUGUAAUGGUUUAAAAUUUUAUUGUAAUGUGAUUUUGUCUUUAUGUAUUUAUCUAUGUAGCUGAGCUUUUGUUGCACAAAAUCUGGAAUCCCUAACAGACAUGAUUCUGAAAGAUGAUCGUUGAUGGAGAUGUCAAAGCGCUUGAGGAUUGUAGAUUGUCGAUGCCAGUGUGUCACGCUACUUGUAGACAUGGUCAAGAUUGUGUCUACUCUGGCAUACAAGGCACUGACCCGAACUCUAGUAAGAGAGAUACAGGCAUACAAGGCACUGAGCCAAACUCUACUAAGAGAGUAACAGAGAAAAGAAACGAGGGGGUGGGGGGGGGAGGGAUGUUGAACUGGCUUUUUUCUAUGUGCUGUGUAAAAGUCCUGUCCCUGUCUUUUAGUUAUUCCUCUGCGGAUGAACUGGUUUUGUCUACCGUUUUGAGGCACCGUGUCAACGAGUCCGUUCAUUCAUGGCCUCUGCGGUGGAAGCAUAGCAGGCUGGCGCUAAAUGUUCCACGAUGUGCCGGCCCGUGAUUGGCUCUUUUCACACAUUGUGUCAAUCCAGCAUGCCCUCUGUCAGACAGUACUUCCGUGGUGCUGUGCUAGAUGCCAUCUGUCUAGCGCAAAACGCCAGUUACUGGCAGUCAUCACGUCUGGAUGUCGCGCAAGCGGGAGAUGAACCGCUGUGUAAUUGUAGCGAGUGUUCCGUAGGAUGUUUGGGUUUCAGAAUUGCAGGUUUGCGUCAGUGUGGGAAGUAUUUGUUGAUGGGGUGGGUGGUUGGCGGGUGCUCUGGUGUUGUUUGCUCCUUCUUUCCUAUCAAACAACUAUCGCCUUUAUCUCUCCUUUUUUUAUUGCUGCUACUCUCCUGCAACACCUCUAUUCUUCGGCACUUGCAUGACCUAAUUGUGUUUCAAGUGUCGUAAAACGCUUACUAAAACAAUUGUUGAUGGGCACGUCCUGUCACUUUUGUAACAACAUACCUGGAUGUGUUAUGUACAUUUGUACAUGUCACUACACACCUGAAUGUGUGAUACAUACAUUUGCUUAUGUAACAACGUACCUGGAUGUGUUAUGUACAUUUGUACUUGCCACUACACACCUGAAUGAGUUAUGUACAUUUGUACAGACAUGUCUCAACAAACCAUCACCUCAUACCCGAGUGAGUCAUGUGGACGUGUACACGUAGCAGCAUACUGGACUAUGUCAUACAGAUGUGCAUUUGUUGCAAUGUACCUGGCUGAGUCUUGUAAAUGUGUACUUGACACGUCAUUGUAACUGACUGUGUUAUGUAGAUGGGUACUUGACACAUCGUGCACAAGAGUGUUUAGUAGAUUUGUACCUGUCACAUUGUACAUUAGUGUGUCACGGAGCUGUGUACUCGACCCAUCUUUCGUAGGAAUGACACGUUAGAGAGUGGAUGGUGAGCACAGUACAAAAACAUCACCUGUUCUCCUAUAUGUAAUGGACCCUGGAUACAUGUUUCUAAUGUUCUCUUAUUCAUGUCAUCAAGCUAAUAAAUGCAAGCGUACGCUUUUUAGAAUAUGCUUUUACAGUUUUGACCUUAUUCUACAUUACUUGAAAAAAUGAAGAACAGAAGGAUCCCUUUAGUUUUAAUCUGACUUUUAGUAUAUGAUUGUUUUUAGGUUUUACCUGUAAUCUAGAAUAUUCUACAGCUGAUUACAUCUGUCAUUGAAUUCCACUUAUUGUAUUAGGGCAUUAUGAUUCUUAUGUUUUGGCUGCACAUAUUAUGUCUUUUAUAGACAUUUAAAUAUAAGUGGUUUGUCUCAUUUUUAUGUCAGCAUUAGAGGGACCCUGAAUAUGCUAGGCAUUGUCCACAAUAAAGUACUCAGUGAUAGUACGAAUUUAAUUGGCAUUGUACAUGGGUGGUUUAUGUGGUCAAAGCCAUUUCUGGUCCUUUACUUUUUUCCUUCAGAGUGUUGUUUUUUUUAUUAGGUGCGGAAAGAAAUUGAUUUUUGAUACUGUGUUUUUCUGUGUAAAUGUUGUCGCUUAGUUUUUUAAAACUUUCACACAUUCAUAUACCCCUCCUCCUCCUCCCCUCAUAUGAACAUAUAAACAUACAUAGGUAUAGAUAUUUUUAUAUAUAUACAUGUGGACAAUCUGUACGUGUGUGUCUCUGUGUAUGUAUGUAGGCAGACAUACUUUGGCAUUGACCCACAGGCUCCACUGAUACGAAGAGAGUCUUGUGUUUUUCAUAUCCACUAUGGGGGGUUUUGCUUUUUUGCUUUGGGUUUUUAAAAAAAAAAUCUUUCCAUUGUAGGAAUAUGUAUUUUAGGAGGGCAUCCUCAAGAACUCUGUAAGCGCUUUUGAAAAAAAAAAUGUUCUGAGAUCAUGUGCCAAAGCCGUGACCUCGCAGUGGCGAGCGGUUUGUUGAUGCUGAGGUGUGUGUUCCUCCCUGUCAUCAGCACAGUGCGGUGGUUUGUGUCACUGAAGCGAAACAUUUGUGUUGCCGAUAGUUUACCGGCAUCUGUGGUGUGGUGUAGCCGUUAGGUGCUUCACUGUUGCAUGCAGGAGACCCUGAGUUUAAUUCCCUAGUGGGGAGAAAAUUUUUAUCAAGACCUCAGUUUUUUUUGCUGGGAUGCUCUAUCCCUCUCAGCCUGGAUUAACGUGGCAAGAUUAUAACUUAAAAUCCUGUUGUCCACUUAACAUUCCCAGCAUGUAGCUAGCUGUCUUCCAAAAUGCGAAGUCCUGGACACGUUGGUUUGUUUAUAAAUAGAAAGUAGUUUGUAAUAUGAUACAAACAGGAUCCGGAUUACGAAGUGCUGUAUGUAUUGAUAUAGACAGGAAAAUGUUAAUAGGAAGCUCUUGGUGAACGCUUUCAGCGUUUCUUCUUUUUUUUUAAAAUCUGAGAGUAUGCAGUAAAACUCUUGGUUUGCUGAGAAAAAAGAUCUUCUCUACAAAGUUGACAAAUGAAUCUAUAAUGUGGUAAAAAAUUCGUGGAGCAACAUAUCCUCAAAUAUCUCUUUAACAGAUGAAUCAAUGUCACCUAUACUUUGCACAAGAAUUUUUAACAAUUUUUCUCAAUUUAAUCAUAUUAUUUUUCACAAUAAUUUAGGCUAAACGAAACCAAGUUUCGUCUUAAAUAUGCCAAUUUCUCUUUUGUUUUAGAAUAAUACGACAGUCAUCCAUAAUUGCAAAAACGGAAUAAUAAAGAAAAAAAACCUUCCAAGUUUCGUUCCGCCCCAGUAAUUGUUACAAAAAGUUCAUUUUGUAAUGAACACUUAUUUUUUGCACUGAUGGUUCUCAAACUUUGUGUUCAAUAGGCAUAGUGUUGCAAUAAGAAGAAAGGACAGGCUUGCAUUUGAAAGUGCUAUUGUACCAGCUCUUGGAAUGUGAUCCUUGUAAAACUCUUAGAAAGCACCCACUGGGAUUUUUUAUUAAGUAUUUCUAAAGGAAUUUUCUAGAAUACAAGUACAAUGGAAUUAAAGGUGUUUAUGAAAAUAUUGAUUUGCUGAAACAAACUGAUACAACUAGUCACUGUGCAAAAGUUGGACCGUCUCUUAUCGGUUGUGGAGGAGAUAUUUGACAAUAAGUUGCGAAGCGAUUUUUUGAUUGGGCUUUGGUUGUAUCUACACCUUUUUUUGACAUGCUGUGCUAACCAUCUAGCUCUAUAGCGACAUGUGAUCUACUUGAUAAUGUGUAUCAGGGAACUACAGUUCCUGAGGGCAUCCCUGGCAGCAUAUUAUUUUGAUUUGACACAUAAUGUGUGCACUGUGUGUGUCUGGUCAUUAAACGUUUGUGCACCAAC